AUGUCUUUCUUUUCGAAUAUGUUUCUAGGAGGAGUUAGAACAGAGAAUGAUCCCACGGGGAUGAGCGGUUCCAACGGCAACAAUAAUGAUAACCAGAACAAUUCAAAUAAUAAUGAUGACGAGCCCGUUGUGGCAGGAAAAUUCUACCCUCGAACACUUUAUAAAUUUAAUGGACAUGAUGAUGAGAAGAUUUUUAUUUCUAUCCUUGGGAGAGUCUAUGAUUGUACUCAAGGGAGACAAUUUUACGGCCCAAGUGGCCCCUAUGCAAAUUUUGCUGGACGUGAUGCCUCGAGGGGACUAGCUACAAACUCAUUCGAACAGGACUGUCUCAGAGAUUGGGACCAACCGAUGGAUCAACUUCAGGAUUUGAAUCCUGAUCAAGUGGAACAAUUGAAUGAUUGGGUUUCGUUUUUCCAAAACAAAUAUCCAUGUAUAGGAGAGUUGGUACCGGAACCAGGUGUCAAUAUAUAA